AAGAAACAAGAGUCCUAACGUUCACAUAAGUAUAAUAAAAUCCUGUGAAGGAUGCAGAAGGGCAAUUAAAUAAUCAUGUCAUAAAGCAAAAAAAAAACUGAUGGACGAAAAUAUACUAGUUUUGCUCUGAAAGGAGGAGAAAAGGAGUAGUCACGUAUCAACACAAAGUUUUUGUUUUAUAAGGUUUAAAAAGGACGCAGAAUUGCGGCACAUUAUCCCACAUGGAAUUCAUCCAUUGGUACUAGCAAAGCAGUCCAAAAUAUUUGACGUUUUGUUGUUGUUUUUUUCACGAUUUCGAUAUUUUAAAUGCCAAGACGUAAAAUAUCAUAAAAUGCUUAUGAUAGAGUUAAAAAUGAACUGCUUUCUAAAUCAUUAACAUACUGCUAAAAUAUUUCGUUUUUACCCACCUUUAAAUCAUUUUUUUUCCAAUGCUGCAUAGACAUAUAUAUUUGGUUAUCAGUUUCUAUUUUUUUCCCUUAAAUCUUAAAUUAUAAACAGCAAUUAUGUCAGAAGAUGUUUGAUAUUCUUAUCGUUAUUUUCAAAGUCCCCUACAGCAAUUUUUAUGAAGGUAAUUCUUGCCUUUUUCACGAUCCAAAGACUUUUUUUCUAUAGGGAUGUUGUCAUGAAAUUACUAAGGGAAUUGGAUCCCGAAGGCACUAAAAUCAGAAGGAGGAGGCGAAUCCUGAGAAGAACUUACCAUUCAAUCGGACCCAAUCAAAUCUGGCAUGUCGAUGGAUAUGAUAAAUUAAAGCCAUAUGGAUUUGCCAUCCAUGGGUGCAUUGAUGGAUAUUCCAGAAAAUUGUUGUGGUUACAAGUGGGUCCUUCAAACAAUGAUCCAGCCAUCGUAGCCUCAAAUUAUGUGGAAUGUGUUCAAAAUAUGAAAGGGUGUCCUCUAAUUUUGCAAGCAGACCCAGGAACUGAAAAUAUAACCAUGGGCGCUCUUCAGUGUUUAUUUCGACACGAUGCUGCUGAUGAUUUUGCCGGACUCGGCAGUUUUAGAGUUUCGCGUUCUGUUUUCAACCAGAGAAUAGAGGCCUGGUGGAGUUUAUUUAGGAGACGUAAAAGUCAAUGGUGGAUGCAAUUCUUUAAAGAUCUUGAACUUAUGGGAGUUAUCCAUCGUGGUAUCAUCAAUGAAACUCACUGUCUGCGCUAUUGUUUCAUGCCAGUGUUACAACUAGAGUUAUCUCAGAUAGUAGAGGAGUGGAACACACAUUUCAUAUCCCAUAGCAAAGUCGCAGAAUGUCCUAAUGGCCGCCCAGACAUUUUACACUCAUUAGGGGGCCAAGACUGUUUGCAGCCAAUAAAUGAAGAAGAUAUUGCCUUGGCCCUGAAUGAAGUGAAAGUUAGUAGUAUAAGUGGUUCUGAGCAGUUUGAUGGACUAGCAAAUCAAAUAUUUGUAAAUAAAGGCAUGUCGGAUGCCAGUGAUUGGACCGAAGCUCUGCAUAAUUAUGUGGAACUGUUGUCAACGCUUCGAAAUAUGUAACAUCUUGUCUAAUAAUUGAAUAAACACUCAUCUGUUGAUUACUGUAUUUGUAAUCAGGUUGGGGAAAUUAGUGUAAGUGGCUU